AUGGCAAAUUGAUAUAGAAUCAAUAACAUUUGAUCAAUUAUAAUUCAAUUCCAUUACAAUUGAAGUUAAACCACAUCUUGCAGACUAACUAUAUCAUAUAUAAUAAUCACCCAUCACAUAACAUAAACAUAACAAUCAAUACAAUAUGGAUAUUAUUUUAGGUAUAAGAGUAGCAGAUGGUACUAUUAUAGCCACUUCCAAAGCUGCCACUAGAGGUAUUUCAGUAUUAAAGGACACAGAUGAUAAGACCAGACCAUUGAAUGCUCGUAAUUUAAUUGCUUAUACUGGUGAAUCAGGAGAUACGGUUCAAUUUGCCGAAUAUAUUCAAGCCAAUGUUCAAUUAUAUAGUAUGAGAGAAAAUGAUAUUGAAUUAUCUCCAAAAGCCACUGCAUCAUUUGUAAGAAAUCAAUUAGCCAGUUCCCUUAGAUCACGUAAACCAUAUCAAGUCAAUGUAUUGAUAGGUGGAUAUGAUGUUAAAACCGAUACUCCAAGUUUAAAUUGGAUAGAUUAUUUAGGUACUCAAGUUGAAUUACCUUAUGGAGCUCAUGGUUAUGCUGCAUUUUAUGCUACAUCUUUAUUAGAUAAACAUUAUAGAAAAGAUAUGAAGGUUGAUGAUGGAUUAGCUUUAUUGAAAUUAUGUUUAAAAGAAUUAGAAACUAGAAUGCCAAUAGAUUUUAAAGGUGUAUAUGUUAAAGUUGUUAAUAAAGAUGGUAUAAAAGAAAUUGAAGGUUAUUAAGUUAAUUAAGUAUGAAUGAAUAUAGUUUAUUAUAAUACAAUAAUAAA